AUGUGGGUGUUUCCAAAACUAGUGUCCUGGGCAGACAUGAUUGCUGUGGCUGGAGCAGAAGCAGUUUCAGUAUGUGGAGGUCCAACAAUCCAAGUCCCGUUGGGCAGACUAGAUGCAAAGGAGCCUGAUCCUGAGAGAUCGCACUUGGAGCCUGAUCCUGAAGGAAAACUGCCUGAAGAAACUCUGGAUGCUUUUGGUCUGAAGCAAAGCUUUCAAACAAAAGGCUUGUCAACUCAGGAACUUGUUGCUCUUUCAGGAGCUCAUACUAUUGGAAAUAAAGGUUUCGGGAACUCAACUGUUUUCGACAAUACAUACUUCAAAAUUCUGCUUGACAAACCAUCUUCAGGUAGCAUGAUUGGCCUUCCCUCAGACCGUGCACUUGCCAAGGAUGAUGAAUGCUUAAGCUGGAUCACAAAGUAUGCCGAGGACCAGAAUACGUUCUUCAAUGAUUUCAAGACGGCUUAUCUCAAACUAGUGAAUUCAGGAGCCAGGUGGAAGAGCUUGUGAAAUAAUUGCAGAAGCGAGCAAACUUGACGUUUAUGACGCAGUAAUGGAACAUAAUAAAGAGAUCAAGAAGCGAAGCAUUGGCAACAAGGGCUGAGUCUUGCUAGAAUGAAGAAUUAAUUAGCUGCCACUGUUAAUUGAAUGAUUAGCUGACAGAUAAGGUGAGACCCCAAGCAAGACUUAUCUUGUAUAAUUAACAUUUAUGUCAAAUAAUUCAGCCAAUUCAGAUAUGAAAUAACGAAUUUUUGGACUACAAGUAUAGCUACAUGAUGUGAGAAAGUCAAGGUUAUUAGAGCUAUCAUAAAUUUA